AUGGCCCCUCAGAGACAGCCGACCCUGACACGGCCCAAGGAAUACAAGCUGUCCUGGAAAGCCCUCUUGACCCUGCCAUUUCGUCUCUGUAACCCACCGCCUGCGGUUGGAAAGGUCAGGUCUUGUGGUGUUACGCCAGCGUUCAACGUACGGCUCGAAGAUGUGUUGGACAGGAAGCAUUUACCUCCUCUUGGGCUUAAGGAUUUCGAGGAAUGGCUGCUAUACGUAGAGCUGGCUCCAGAAAAUCUGUAUUUCAUCCUCUGGCUCAAGGAGUACACCGUCAAAUACAGGCAGUGGGAAGCUGCCUCAAGAUUGCGUCGGAGCGAAACCCCAGCAUACCUGGGCGUCUGGCCAAGACACAAUUCGUCCCAGCUCACCAUGUUCUACGCCCGAGCAAAGCAGACGUUCCUAACGCCAAACGCUAACCACGAACUCAAUCUCCCCUCGGACGUCCUCGCUCCUUUCCAUACAUCAAACGGUUCCCCACACCCUGAUCCCGCUGUAUUCAAUCAAGUAGCCGUUCAAGUCCAGAAGAUGCUUAAGGAAAGCCUCGAGCGCUUUGUUACCGCACAAUUCAACAAUGUCGGCAAUAGUCGUGUUUUGUGUGGUUUGAUCGCGGGAAUUUUCUGCUGUUUGGUGGGCGCCGUCUUUCCCAUGGUUUACAAUAUCGUCAAAGGACACUCGCGGUGGUUGCGUCUCACCGCGUUACCAGGGCUCUGGUUGGGUCUUGCCUUGUUGCUCACGAGCUUGAAUGGUGUCUGUCUUGCCAUUUACGUGUUUGGUGACUUGCGGCAGCUUAGACGCUUUGAGCUUUCUAGGCCGCCCAUCUCGAAACCCCAGCCGCUGUACAGCUCACGUCGACGCCCAAUGGUGGCUUCGCCAAUCUCCACUGCUACUCCAUCUCCACCCGUUCUCACACCUCCGCCUAUGGCCCACAUUGAUUCCUCACGUCCUAACUCUUUGGUCACCAUCAGCUCAUCGAUAUGCUACGAUCAUUCCCAUUCGAUGACGGAUCUUUCGUCUGAAGGCUCAGAUAUGAUUCGCAUUUCCCCAGCUUAUUAUGAUGCGGACCCCAUCGAAGGUCCAGCAACGGCCCCCGUAUCUAUCCACAGACCUGGCUCAGGAUUUUCUGACGACGAAGACAGCAGCGGCGAUGAGACAUACAGCUCGACCGCUCUAUUCAUCCACCCAUUCGACGGGUCUACAGAGGACAUCAGUGAUUACGAGUUUCCUAGCCCGAACAAGCUUCUCCCAGAAGAGCUUCAGCGGAUAUCAGAAUUCAACUUUGACACCCUCCCCAGGCCCAUUUCCGUCACCAAACACGCGCAUACCGAUUCCGUACGACCACUGCAACCUGACGUCCUCUUUAUCGAACCCGAGACACCUGCACCUGACCUCGGAAAGUCCCCAAAAGCCUUCAUUCGGCGUAUUCAGUCAAAAUGCAGUAUCAACAAGUGGAUGGUCAUCAUUGGCGGAACGCCGGAGGAGGAUUCAGCGCCUUCUUUGCCUACGUCUUCAGAUGAGAAGCUUCCCGUGCACGACACCGUGGUUAAACCCAAGGUGGAAAUGCGAGCGAAAAAGACAGACGAGUCGAUAAUCCGGAAGCAGUAUAAGAAAGUCAAGGCUGUUCCGGCAUUUGCUUCGCCGCUGACCCGCGUGCUAAGCCCUGUGGUGAUAAGAGGUCAGUGGGAGAUCGUGAUUCGGUCUUUUGUGAUUGCGUGUCUCGUUAGUUGGCUGAUUGUGGGAAGCCUUUUGGCUGUUCCAGAGUUUUCGUAG